AUGUCACGAGAAGUUGUCACUGACGAGGCGUCACUUCCGUCCGUCUUCCAGGCCCAAUGGCAAUCCAAUCCAGAUCCCACAGCACUUCCCUUCCCGCGCAACAACCCGCCUUUCCCGCUCACAGCUAUUGAUUGGCAUCAACUGUCCCUGAGAGAUGCAGACUUCACACCGCAUUCGUGGUCAAAUCUACACCAUCUUAUCUCCACAAACCAACUUGAAGAGCUGAAACGCUGGCCCAGCUCAUUGAAAGCCUACCUUGCUUGGACAGCGCAUGUCAAGGAAAAACAUGGCAGUGUUAUGACAUAUCUUCUUGAUCAGCGACUGUUUUGGGAACCAAUCGAAGAUGAAACAGGAGCGCUGCGAUUUGACGUACGCAACACUACACCUUUUGCGGAUCCUGAUGACUACAAGAUCCUGAGGAACGACUGGACUUAUUCGUUUGAGCCUGGUAUUCGCCACAUUGUGGUUUGGCUGAAGCAGCGACUGCCGAUGGAUGCCGCAGGCGCAUUGAGUGAUGUCGGCAGGGAUAUGGUCAAGGACUUUGUGAAGAGGGAGUUUAGGGAAAAGGCGGAAGAGCAGGAAGAGGGGAGCAAGGUCAUCUGGUUCAAGAACACGACAAACUUGCAAAGUGUGAGGAGCCUAGAGCAUGUGCAUGUGCUGGUGCGUGACGUGGAGGAAGAGGUCUUGAGCCAGUGGGCAGUCUAG